CGGCCUGCGCGGACGCACUGCAUUGUGGGAAACUCCCGGAGUCGCAUCUGCAGCCACCGCCCGCCGCUGCGACCCUGCGGAGAGCGCACAGCGCAGAGCUGGGAGCGCCGGGAGCAGCAGCGUCCAUGUAACGGCCCGGGCCAGCUGUCCUGAGCUGCUGGGGCCCAGCCACUGCCUGUCCGCACGCCCCACGCAGCCCGCCUGCACGGCCGUCAUGGAGUCCAGAGGGAAGACGGCCAGCAGCCCCAAGCCCGACACCAAGGUGACCCAGGCCGCUGCCGAGGCCCGAGGCCCCCCAACUGCAGACGGGAAAGCCCCCUCGGCCAAGUCCGGGAAGAAGGAGGCCCCGGUGGAGAAGCAGGAGCCACCGGUGGCCCCCACCCCGCCACCCGCCAAGAAGCCCUCGGCCAAGGCAGACCCUGCCCUUCUCAACAACCACAGCAACCUGAAGCCAGCCCCUGCGGCCCCCGGCAGCCCCCACGCAUCCCCCGAGCCCAAGGGCCCUGGAGAUGGGGCUGAGGAGGACCAGGCCCCCAGUGGGGGCCCGGGGGGCCGUGGUCCCUGCCCCUUCGAGAACUUGACCCCCCUGCUGUUGGCCGGGGGCGUGGCCGUGGCAGCUGCAGCCCUGAUUCUGGGGGUGGUCUUCCUGGUCCGGAAAAAGUGAGGGCUGGCACCCGGGCGGAGGCCCAGCACCUCCCUGUACAGACCUCGGGGACCUUGUGCAUGCGAAUCCACUCACAGCUAUCUAUCCGUCCCACGUAAGAAACACACACACCAACACCCCACAGACACGCAGCGGGAGAGGUGGACCCGCCCUGGCCGUGGAAGCCGAGCCCCUUGGCUGGCCCCCAGUGCACCCCCCUAACCUGCCAGGCAGAAGCAGCCGGGGCUCCAGGGUCAGCACAGCACGGGGCGGAGCUGCGACGUCAGGCAGGGGGCUCGGGGCUGGGGUCCCUGGGGGCAGUGGACAGGCUGGACCUGAGCGUGGCCCACCAGCCACUGGUCACUGUGCCAGCCUGUCCCAAGGGGCCUCGGUGGUCCCGUGGGCUUCCUGGCAGCAGCGUCGUGACGAGCCCCCAGGGCAGGGGAGGGCCCCGAGGCUGGGUCCCGGAUGGGCUCUGCCCUGGGCCCAGCCACCUGGGGAUAUUAAAGGGUCGUGGCUGGUUCACUUCCCCUCUCCUGCUCUUUGGUUGCAGCUGGGGGUGGGGGGUGGGGGUCUCUGGGGGGGCCUGCGGAGGUGCUGGCCCGAGGCUUCCAUGCCGCCUCCGCACCCCAGCCGAGUAGACGGACAGUGCAGAGGCCAGUCUGUGGAGAGACUCCCGUGCUCCGCCUUCUCCCACUGCCCCAGGGGCGGUCCGGGGGCUGGGGGCCUCUGACAGCCAGGCUGGGGGGGGAGGUGUGGGACGAGGUCGAGGACCCGCCCUGCAGCCGCGUCUGCCUUGCCCCUGCGGAAGCCCCCAGGCAUAGCUCCUGCCUCCCCCAGCGUCCUUCGAGUCCAACAGCGUAUAAAUGCAAUAACACAGGUAGAGUAGAACCACUCGGUGACUGUCACCCGGGCCCACCGCCUGCUGUGCCUGCAGUGGGGCCGGAGCCUCUGGGUCCGUCCCCGAGUGGCCUCAGCGUGGUGGCGGUGGGCAGGACGGGAAGCGGACGUGCCCUCGCCUGGCCAGCCGGCCACGGCAACCCCGGGCCUGAGUGGAGGCCGAGUCUACAAUAAACUGUCGUCCAAAGGC